AUGUCGAAAAAAUUAUCAUUGAAAGAUGCCGUCGAUUAUUUGGAACAGCUAAUUGACGAAGAAGAAGAAGACGAUUUCAUGCGAGAUAUUGAUGGAAUUUACAUUGAACCACCCGAAGAUGACGGUAAUGUGAGUGGUGAAGACGAGGCAAAUGAGAAUGAAGGAGGUACAGUCGACGCAUUGUCUCGCAAUCAGUUGAAUGCCGGCUGUGAGUUGGUUUUACGAAACGGUGUGCACACUGAAACAUUCGAUAUUGAAGAGUCAGCACAAAACGAAAAUGAAAACGUUGAAUAUGUUCUCGUCGAUGUUAUUCAUGAAUCACAAUUUGAUUUAUCAAAAGAUCAACCAGCUCAAGUUAUUCCGUGUGAAGCAAUGGAGGUUUCAAGUAGAGAAGAUGAACAAGAAGGAGCAGCGGGUCCUAUUCAAUUGCCAGACAUUGUCAUUGAGCCAUGGGUCAACCGAUUGAGAAGGGCAUCGUCCACUCCUUCGAAUGUUCCGUUGCCCCUCUCAAACAAAGACACAACAUUCAAGUGGCUAAAACAAGGCGACAGCGCUGCCAUUCCAGUUUUUCCUGAACCGAAUUUCGACGAUUGCCGUGAUGUACAACCUCAUGAGCUAUUUGAACGAUUUUAUGACGAUGAUUUGCUGCAACAUAUUUGUGAUUGCUCAGAACGAUAUUCCGUGUUGCAUUUGCAGAAGCCAGUCAACGUUACGGUUCCAGAAUUGCGUGCUUUCAUUGGCAUUCUAUUGGUGACUGGAUACAAUACAGUUUCGAACAUCAAAGCAUACUGGAAUAGCUCAGAUGAUCUUCGCAAUGAAAUGAUAUUCCAGACGAUGCGACGCAACAGAUUCCAAGAAAUACUCCGAGUGCUACAUUUCGAGCCGAAUUUGAAUCCACCAGCAAAUAACAAGGAUAAACUUUGGAAGCUGCGUCCGAUAAUGGAUCAUUUGAAAGCGAACUUUCUGAAGAAUUUCCAUCCAACACAAAAUCUAUCAUAUGACGAAAGCAUGAUCGCUUAUUAUGGUAAACAUGGCUGCAAGCAAUUCAUCAAAGGCAAGCCCAUUCGUUUCGGCUAUAAAGUUUGGUCUCUGUGCACACCGUCUGGUUAUUUGGUAAAUUUCGAAAUUUACCAAGGCUCAAACCCGCGAUCAAACCCGAAGUACGAAGAGAGAUUUGGCAAAGCAUCGGCGCCACUUUUGUCCAUGAUUGACGACUUCCCCGAUGAAUUGAAAGGAUUGCCAUUUGGAUUCUUCUUCGAUAAUUUGUUCACUGGUUUUCCAUUGCUUGCAUAUCUGAAAGCCAAUGGCUACAAUGGCACAGGAACAAUGCGAGAAAAUCGGAUCGUUGCAAGUUGUCCAGUCACGAGUAAGAAGGUGUUCAAAAAGAAACCACGUGGCACCAUUGAGGCCGUCAAAAUGCAGCAAACCGGCAUUAGAGUGACACAAUGGGUCGACAAUUCCGUUGUUGCUGUCGCUUCGACAUGUUUUGGAUCUGUGCCAACAUCAAGCGCGGCACGUUAUUCCAAACAAGCUGGAGGCCGAGUAAAUGUUGUUCGACCAUGCUCCGUAACGGAAUACAACAAAUACAUGCCUGGUGUUGAUCGCUUGGAUCAAAAUGUGAACAACCAUCGCAUUGGCUAUCGUGGGAAAAAGUGGUGGGCUUCAAUAUUCACUUGGCUCAUCGAUGUAGCUGUGAACAACGCUUGGCAAUUGCAACGCGGCACAAAAGUUCUCUCUCAGCUCGAUUUCAAACGUGAAAUUUCAACAUACUAUUGCAAACAUUAUGGUUCGCCUCCGAUUCAAACUGGUCCACGAAAACAGCGACGAUACCAUACUCGUAGCGGCACACCAUCUACCAGCAAUCGGUCCCGUAGUGCCACACCACAAGCCGAAUAA